UAAGGGAAAUUGGAGAGCACGUGGAAAUAAUAGAAGCAACUGUAAAUAAGAAUAGUGUUAUAUCCAUUAAAAAACAUAUAAAUUACAUGAAAGAAUUAGAUAAGCCUACCAUAAAUAAGACUAGCAUUGAAUCUGUUGAACAUCUAGAUUACAUAACAGAGCCAGAUCCUUCCAUUGUGAUUAAAAGUAGUAUUGAAUCUAUAGAUUACGCGCCAAAAUUAGAUAAGCAUAGUGUUGAAUAUAUAGGUUAUGCACCAGCAUCAGAUAAACCUAUCAUAAUUAAGAGCAGUAUUGAAUCUAUAGAUAACGUGCCAGAAUCGAAUGAGCCAAAAUUGAAUGAGUCAAAAUCAAAUGAGCCAGAAUCAAAUGAGCUUACCAUUUCAAAUAAGACCGUUUCCAAUACUAUAGGAUCAGAAGCUAGAAAAGCUAAGACUCAAAAUCACAAUAGCAAUCGUAGAUCUUCAACAUUUGCAAUUUGCUGUGCUUAUGGUAAAGUUCGUUUACAAUCUUUAUCUAAACCACCAUCAUAUUUGUUGGAUCUGUACAUAUUAACUAGAUCUAAUGCUAAUUCAUUUCACAAAAACAUUAGAAGCUAUAAUAAUAUCUUGGACAAGGAGUAUCUAAUUUCCAGAUUCAUGGCCAAGUCUAUCACCACAUCAGACAUUACUGCCAGCAGUGAUCAAACACAAGAUACUAAUUGGUAUGGUUCUCCUACAGCUUCUGAAGUAGCUAUAAUUAUAAUUGGUGAUAGUCAUGAGAUGGAACCAUUCAGUCAAGACAUUCUUCUUAGGUUGUGUAGUGGAGGUCUACAAAGAAUAUUAGAAUUUUGUUCAUCAUAUGAUCCGCUUCAUUAUGUAUUACUAUUUCCAAAAGGUAAUGAUGGUUGGUAUUUUGACAUACCUCUCAUAGGUGCUAAGAAAAGAGAUAAA